AUGGCUAUGAUGGCCGUUGGUCAAGCGGGCCCCCAUCGUCUAGUGGUUUAGGACAUCUCUCUUUCAAGGAGGCAGCGGGGAUUCGAAUUCCCCUGGGGGUAG